AUGAUCAAGUAUGUAAUUAUUGAUUUAGAUGGCCUUUUGGCCAAUACUGAAGAAAAAUAUAUGUUGCAUAUUCAGAAUAUAUUUGAUCAUUAUGCAGAUUUGUUAAAUAAUAGAUGUUUAUUGAAUUUGACUUCUGAUGAGUUUAAAGAUAUGAGAAACGUUAAAAAAAUAGCUUUUUCUAAUUCUGAGCUUGUGGAUGGUGCUAGAGAAGCAAUUCAUUUUCUUAAUAAGGCGAAUUUCAAACUUAUUUUAGCAACUAAUUCUACCUAUGGGGAGCUAAAACAAAAGAUAUAUAAUAAUAUCGAUGUUACUAUUAACAAAUUAUUUAACAAAAAUUUUUUAAAUGUUAUUUAUAAAUCUAAUAAUAAGAGUGAAGUUAAUAAAUAUAAACGCGUUUUAGAGAAGCGUUUUCUGGAUGCAAAUGAGUGUCUGGUUAUUGAAGAUUCUUAUUUUG